AUGACUGAAGCCAAACAAGAUUUAAUUGAAUUAUCAACAAAUCCUUUAGAUGUAUGGAUAAAUACACAUUAUGAUGAAUUGUGUGCAGGUAUGACGUGUAAAAAUGCUCUAUUCUGCAAACCAUCAGACAUGAAAGACAAAAACUUUCAAAUGAGUAUUAAGGAUAAAUGUGAUAAGAAACAGAGAAGAAUAGAUGGUAAACAAACAUGGUGUUAUGUUUUGAAAGAAGAAAUGAAAGGAUUAUAUAAACAGGUUGAACCAAACGAUAAUGAGGAUUCAUUUACUGACGAUGAAAUACCUGUAAAUGAAGCUUUAUAA